ACGGGCAGGUGCGUCAACCAAAACAACUUCACAACAAACAAACUCGUUUGCGGCAAAAACAUCUGAUCACAAACUCAAUCUUUCUAAAUACAGGCCUUCGGAAUGGGGAAAAUAUCGUUCUAUAUCAGUGAUUACUGUGCAAAUAUAGAACAAUGCACCAUUCACAAGAACUCCGUUCGGAUACGGAAAGCACAUCACACCGAAUACGAUGCGUGCAUUACGAGCGACCCGAUGCAGCUAGUGGAUUUGUUGCUCAAUUUGCGGUUCUUUCCUCGUUUUCGACUGAAAAUCGCUAACGCACUCGUUGGUCGUGUAGCGAGCGCUCCCCUCACCAUACAGCUCAUCCCACCCGUCAGAGAGCAUUUAGAUUACCAUUGGGGACAACGUGCCGUUCACAUGAUGUGGGAGCUGGUCGAGCUCACCGAACUGAUGGCUUGGCUUUCGACGCUCGGUGGAGCCUUCUCCGCUCUCGGCGACUACCAGCUCGCCUGUGCCGAUACGGCGGGCAAAAUAUCGCUACACCAAAUGAAGCUGGCCUGCCGGUUGGGCGAUCCUUCGCUCGUAGCUCGCUGCCAGCUGUACCUUGCCAUAUCGCUCAUCCAGAGGGCCGAAUUUGCCACUGCCAAACACCUCAUCCAGAGCGUGUACCGUGGCGCACGGAAGCAAAAGGAACCCGAAACGCGCCUACUGAAGAUGUGCCAGGGCAUAUGGGCGAAGCUGCGCUACGAGUACGAUGUGCACCAGAGGAAUGUGGCACGCAAGAAAACGUAAAGAUCGCGUUUUAACGUUGUACCUUGAUCGUUCCUUAUGAGAAUAAAUUUAUAGUAAACAUUGA